CUUCUUUUAACCCGAGAUUCUUUACGUCAGGGUUUCGGAAAGAAGAAUUUAACCUGCAUUGUUUUUUUGUCUUUCUGUUCUGGUUUUGAGAAAGCCAUGAAUCCUGAAUAUGACUAUCUUUUCAAGCUUUUGCUUAUUGGAGAUUCCGGUGUUGGCAAGUCAUGCCUUUUGCUGAGGUUUGCGGAUGAUUCAUAUUUAGAGAGUUACAUCAGUACAAUUGGUGUUGAUUUCAAAAUUCGCACAGUGGAGCAGGAUGGAAAGACCAUUAAACUUCAAAUCUGGGAUACAGCUGGACAAGAACGUUUCCGGACUAUUACUAGCAGUUACUACCGUGGAGCUCAUGGCAUUAUUGUUGUGUAUGAUGUCACUGACCAAGAGAGCUUCAACAAUGUGAAGCAGUGGCUAAAUGAGAUUGAUCGCUAUGCAAGUGAGAAUGUAAACAAACUUUUGGUGGGGAAUAAGUCCGAUUUGACUGCUAACAAAGUGGUUUCAUAUGAAACGGCCAAGGCGUUUGCAGAUGAGAUUGGAAUUCCUUUCUUGGAGACCAGCGCAAAGAAUGCUACCAAUGUGGAGCAGGCAUUCAUGACCAUGGCUGCUGAGAUAAAGAACAGGAUGGCAAAUCAGCCAGCCAUGAACGCCAGUAAACCAGCUACUGUGCAAAUGAGGGGCGAACCUGUUGCUCAGAAGAGUAGUUGUUGCUCUUAAUUCAAGAAAAGCAACAUUUGGGUAAUGGAAGGAGCAUGAUCUUUGGCCUUGAUUAUGGGGCACUUCGAUGAGUGUGGGUUCAGAUCUUGGUUUUGAAGAACCAUUUCUUUUGAUCUUUGUAUAGAAAGCCCCAGGACUCGUGUGUACGUAAUGUCAGUGAUCCUUCACCCAAUUGUGUUGAUUUUAAGAACCGCUAAAUAGUUGCAAAGAAAGACAAUGGGUUACUCCUUUUCACGUGUCAAUUGCAGACUUCGAUUAUGGAAUAGUGAGAGAUCUUGUGCAGUUUGUGUGAUGA